CUCGCAGUAGUAUGUAGAAUAACAAGCCAGCGGAUCAGAGUUGCGGUUACCAGCCCUGCCAACCGACGGCUAUAAUAAGCUGAAAACAUUGGCAGCAUUGUCUCUAGAAGAAUUCGGGUUUAGCAGCGACGAAGGAGACGAGCUUUUCUUUUGGCGUUGUUUGUUUAUUUUUCAUUGGAGUCGUUGGGUUGGAGUUUGUCUGAAAUAGCUCUGCUGUCCGUGGAUUAACGCUCAAGAAGACCCAAAGAAGAAGCGCUGUGAUAGCAAUAUAAGUGUAAAAUUGUGGAUUAUGUUCCUGCUUCACUAGUGAAUAUUUGUGUUUUGGAGGUUUCUGCAUUUUGUGGCGGUAACAUCGACUCGAAAUUCAGUUUUAAAUCUGGACAAAACCAGCAGCGGACACUUGUUGAAAUACAAUUUACAACUGCUCGGCAGCUUUGCUAACGUUAGUAGCGAGAUUAAGCUAUCAAGGCUAACAACUUUCUCUAACACCAGCGCUAAAUCUGCUACAAAUCCCUUCACAUACGUGCCUGUUCGAUGUUGACCGAGUGUCGGCAAGUUGUCAAAGUGCGUUUGUUAAAAUUGUUGAGAUGACACUGACAGCAGCUUAGCUAACGUAGCUAGCUGCAGCUGUUACUCUGCUCUCCCGUUAGCAAUGACAGCUAACGUUAUGUUAACGUUACAUUCAAACAAGUGGUUCGCUGGAAAUAUGAAGUCAUAUUGUAACAUUAACUUUUUUUAAUUAGCACGUCAUUCUUUAUGGAAGUUCUUAAGAGUUGAAUUGUACACACAUAAUUUGCAAAGGCUUUGUUUACUCUGCUCUCUUGGCAUAGUAAGGCAACUUUUAUUAACGGGAGCUUAGCUACGUUAGCUACUAGCUCGGCUUACAAUAACACUCAGUUGCUGCAGCCAGCAGAGUUGACUCUGAAUUAACUUUGUCCAACCAGUAAUGUUCGUUAUGGUUUUAAAACUCGGACUGGCUCACUGAAAGAUUCUGGACAAUAGACUCCCAGCACCGUCUACCACUUUUUUCACCCCCAAGUAGCUGAAGUUGUAAAACUGCGGCCCGCACAAUGUCCGGCUCCCCGGGUACAGGUGGCUCAAACCCCAGGAAAUUCAGCGAAAAGAUUGCGCUGCACAACCAGAAGCAAGCAGAGGAGACGCGGGCCUUUGAACAGCUGAUGACAGACCUGACCGUUUCAAGGGUGCAGUUUCAGAAGGUCCAGCAGCUUCGUUUGACUCAAUCACGGGCGCAGUACUACGGCUCUCUGCCAAACGUCAAUCAGAUCGGCAACACCAGCACCGAAUUCCAAGGCGGCUUACCGUCCGGAUUGGACUCGUUGAGAGGGACCCGCCACCAUGGGCUGGUGGAGAGGGUCCACCGCAACCGCAUCAAUUCCCCCCAUCGACGACCCAUCGACAAGCACGGACGGCAGAUAGAGAGCUCUCCGUAUGGAGCCGUGUACCUGUCCCCACCUCUGGACAACAACUGGAGAAGGGAACAGCAGCCAUGGACUGAGGAAAAACGGCCUGGGUUUAGAUUAAUAUCACAACUCAACAGAACCAACUCGGACUCUGCUCUCCAUACAAGCGCUAUGAACCCAAACCCUCAGGACCCCUUUGGCAUGAACCAGCAGAUGGGUCGAGGUCCCCUCCAGCGCAAUGGCUGGAAUGCAGCAAGUGUAAAUGAGUCCGAGUUGGACGGCUCCGGGAAUGUCUUCUCCUUCCCCACCCUGACUAACGAGGAGAAUCUAAUAGGUGUCAAUAAGCCCCUUCCCAAGCAGCUGUGGGAGGCCAAGAAGGUCCAGUCUCUGGCAUCAAGGCCUAAAUCAUGUGAAGUGCCCGGAAUCAACAUAUUCCCCUCUCCGGAGCAGAAUGCCGGCCUGUCCCACUACCAGGGCUUGUUAAAUAGCGGCGGCUCCCUGCCCGACCUCAGCAACCUGCACUUCACCUCACCGCUCUCCACCCCGCUGGACCCUGAGGACAAUGGAGGGUACCCCAAUCUCAGCGGGGGCAGCAGCACCGGUAACCUGCCGGCCGCCAUGAUGCACCUAGGCAUCGGCAACUCACAGGGGCUCUCCUCCUCUCUGAGCAAUCCCUCAAUUCAAGGGUCUCUCAACAACUGCCAGCUGCAGUCGUCGCUCAGCAAUCCCUCCAUCAACUCAUCCCUGCGUCUGUCCAGCAACUCCCCCCGGCGACGGCCUGCUCCCAUUAGCCCCCUCACCCUGUCUCCUGGCACAGAGCAGCGCAGGGGUCUGGCCAAGCAGCUGUCUCCCACCAUGUCACCCUCGCUGUCCCCCAUCACACAGGGAGUUGCUUUGGAUACCAGCAACAUGCCAAGAGAGCCGCCCCCACCCUAUCCGCUCUACCAACAAUCCCAGCAUGCAGUGGACCAGGGCCGACAACGCCAACAGCAGCAACAACAACAACAGCAGCAGCAGCAGCAGCAACAACAACAGCAGCAGCACCAACAGCACCAACAACACCAACAGCAGCAGCAGCAGCAGCAGCAGCCCGUUUCCCCCCUUCAGAGCAUCUCUCUGGACUUCAACACGAGCCAACACAACAACAUGGCAACACUCUUCAACGACCCUUUCAUGGAGCAACAGUUCUCCAAUCGCCAGACCAAGACCCACCAGUAUACGUUGGACCAGUUCACUCUGUUGGAAAACGCGUUGAGCUCCUCAGCAGGGGGUUCUUGCUUCGACCCUUCCUCCUCUUCCUCCUUGCUCUACUACUCCCAGGCUGCCCUCUCGGGGCUGGGUGGCAGCCAUGGCAGCCUGCAGGACCCAAUGCACAUGAGGUCCAACAUGCUGUACUCCAACUGCAGCGGAGGACUGCCCAACAUCAUACUCACCGAUGACUCCAGUCUGUCAAAGGACAUCAGCAGUGCACUCUCCACGGUGCCUGAAUGUUUUGACUCGGAGGGAGGCUUCCCGUUGGAGGACGAGCUGCGCAUCGAGCCCCUCAGCCUGGACGGUCUGAGCAUGCUCAGUGAUCCCGACAUGGUGCUGCCGGACCCAUCGGUGGAGGAUACUUUCCGCAGUGACAGACUCUGAACAUAAAGUCACAGGUUCCAAAAAAAGGGAACGCAAACGUGUAUAAAUCUGACAAUGCAUGCAAACGAUCUCUAUAGGGCCACUGUGCAUGCAUGCAUCCACUGCCACUAAGAUUCAUUAAAUGUGAAAUUUACCAUUUACACACGUGUGUCAUGCACACACACUUUUUUUUUAAGGAGGAGAUUUGUGAACAAACACUGUUUACGCCUGCUUCAUGCAAAGUUACCUUCGCACAUGCUCGAGCUCGUAUCUCGCAGACAUUGUUCGCAAAAUGCAGUUUGGGGUUCCAAAUCAGCCCUGGGAGCAGAAACGGGUCCAGCUCUGAGAGUCUGCGCCUCUUCCUCCCUCCCCCAAACCCCAAAAGACUCGGGCGAACACGUGAGACGAUCCCACUUCUUUCUCUCCUCGCCAGCUCACAGCCCCCCUGAAACCAUGGCAACCUCAUCGCCAUGGUUACACACCAUAGCAACCCUAUUGCAAAGCUUGAGAGCAGCAGGAAUGUCCACACACACACACACACACACACACACACACACACACACACACACACACACAUUUACUUUUCUUACAGCCCCAGUAAACGAGGCAAAGGGAGCCCAGAGCUGUGGUGCAGUCACUGUUCACAGCUGGAGCAGUGACGUGUGUCGGUGGUAAAACAUCUGGCAGCCCAGUUGUCUUCAGGUGAAGUAAAAAAAACAGCCAUGCCGUGGCUACUUCAGGCUCUUGAACAAUCAUGGUAGAAAUUAAUACUAGAGAGAUUAGAGCUUUUGUUUUAAAUUGAUUUCUUUACAUACGAUAUCAGAUUAUUUUUGCCACAAAUCUAUAUAUACAUAUGUGUUUAUAUAUAUAUAUAUAAAUAUUUUCACAUAUAAGCCUCAAUUUCAGUCUGAUUAAAUUGUAUUUUCAAACUCGAAACAAAAAGGGCAAAGUGUUUACAAAGAUGAGAUUUUAUUAAGUAAAUUAUACUUAAGAGUUUAGAUUUUUGAACUCUAAUAGAUAAAAUUCUAAGAUGUAUUGAAUAAAUGCUAUAUUUUUCCUUGCAAUUUGGUUGGAUAUUCCCCAUCUCCUCGGUCACAGAUGAUUUCUUCUGGCAGAACUUGGACAGCGUCAAGAUCCAUAAAAAAAAAAAGAAGGAACUUCAACAUGUUUUUAAAUACUUACUAUGUAUGUAAUACUAUGUACAGUAAUUGCAUAUGUUUUAUUUUACCUUUUGUACUGACUUGUAAUGGCGCUUUAACUGUACUUUAAACCUUGUUGUGAAUAAGGGCAUGUGUACUGUGGAUUGAUUACGCCCUAAAAAUCUGUUUGCAUCCGGCUUUCUGUCCUCAUGUUACGGCAGUACAGUGAACCCCCCCCCCCUCCCUCUUGUGUCUGAACAGUCAAAGUGACUCAUUCAGAGAGCAGACUGUAAUCAUGUGGACAUCGGACAUCAUGUAACAUUGCACUUAACCUCUUUUGCACUAAUUGGUUCACAGUGUGUAGACUUGAUAGUUUUUACACCUGGUAAGUAUGUUUUUUUUUUUUUUAUUUACCUGAUAACCCAAAGAAGUUGAAUGAAGCAGUUACUGAGAACAGUGCAACUUUAUGUGACUAAAUAUUUGUUGCUGCACAUGCACACAUUUCAAAACACCAGCAACAGGCGUUUACUUUUGAUAUGAUGUGAGGAAAUUGAAAUGUAUUCUUCACUUUGAUUAUAUGGCCAUAUAGUUACAUGUUUUUAUAAAGAGCUCAUAUUUGCAGUUGAUUAUGUAAUAACUCGGCCAUUUAGGGCAUUGAGUGCCCCCUAGUGUUUCAAUAAAGGCAAAGAGAUAUUUUUUUUUGUUAAAUAUAUUGUUUCCGAAAAGGAUUUGGAGCAGAUUUUGCUCCCUAAGCUAUGCAAUUUUUAUUUUUUUUUUAUUUUUUUUUACCCAAUUCAGCAAUACCUGGUGCAACGUGUACAUUAUGCAGUGCAACAGGGCGUGCAGGUUCAUUUCAUGUGCACAAUGUAAAUUAGCUAGAAAUCACAAUAUUACAUGUGUCCAGUGUCCACAGUGUAUGUCGACUCUCAGUCAGUAAGAAGGGCGUCUGCUCCUGUGGGAUUUGCAUCCGAACUGAUCAACAGUCGGACAACGAGAGCAUUUCUAGUGAAUGAUUUUUAAAUCAUUUUUAACUCGUGCAACUUCUUUGGACUGCAGGCAAAAUGGUGCAUGGCACUGUUUGUGUUUUCUUUUCGUUUGUUUCUUGUCAGUCCGAAGGUGUCGUACCCGCGCUGUGAGGACUGUGGGUUGUUUCCCAGUGUAUGAAAGAGAUUCAGUGUGUGAUUAUUUGUCAAAUACAAAAUGAAGAGGGGAGUCGGGGUUCUCGUGACGUUGAUUUCUAAGAGUUUAUAUUCAAUUUCAGCUAUUCUACAUUUUUGCCUGCUCUCUUGUUAGCUCCAUAAGACGGUGGGUGAGCCAUGGAGCCAUUUGCAGUUGUUUAUAAGGUUUUCUUUUUGUCUAUUCCUUCCUCUGUCCCUGCCGGUUUCCUGCUGUCUGAACGCCUGCCUUCUGCUGCCUUACUCUGUUGUUUUUUGACUUUUCAUAUUCCAGCAGUAACCUGUAUCCGUAACCCCUCCCUUUAGCUUUAACACUGUUUAGUACUAACUGCCCAUUGUCAUUUCCUGUGUCUUAGUCUCACAGUUUCUUUUUUUGGUGUCUUACUUUUUUAGUUGCAUAUAAAAGAAAUGUACAGUUCUGUUAUUUAAAAGAAUGUUUUGUCCACUAGUGUUACUUUUUUUUGUAAUGUCAUAUGAGUUGGUUUUUCCCCAAGAUAUAAAAUGUUCUUGGCUUGUAACCUAUGUUAUAGUGCUUAUCUUCCUGAUUUAAUAUAAACAAUAAAACUCUA